AUGGAGGACUCCGCCAGCGGAGAGGCCCAGCGUCGGCUUUUCAGGCAGCUCUGCUACUGGGACGCCCGGAGUCCUCGCGAGGUCUACGGGCGGCUCCGGGAACUGUGUGCGCAGUGGCUGAAGCCAGAGAGGAGCACCAAGGAGCAGAUCCUGGACCUGGUGAUCCUGGAGCAGUUCCUGGCUGUCCUGCCCUCGGAAAUGGGGAGCUGGGUGAAGGAGCGAGGCUCAGAGAGCUGCGUCCAGGCCGUGGCCCUGGCAGAGGAAUUCCUCCUGAGGCACCAGGAGGCGGAGAAAGCGGGAGGGCAGGUGAGAGGGCCUCAUCCUGGGAUUUCCCCCUGAGGCGGUUGUGGCGCAAAUGUCUGAGUGUCGCACCUUAAAAAGGGUGGGGAGCCUCAGGCACAGGGGCCAAAUGCAGGCAUCUCUCUGGCCCUCAGGACCCUUCUCAGGCCAUACCCUUUGCUGUCCAUCGCUCUUCCAGAUGUUUAGCUGAAAUCUCCUUUCUUGUAACUUGAAGCCAUGUGUUCGAGUCCUACCUUCCAGAGCAGGAGAACACAAGCUCGCUCCAUCUUCCUUGUGACAACCUUUAUUAGAAGAUAGCUAUCCUAAUUCUCCUCUUUUCCUUUUUGUUUUUUUAUAAUAAUUGUUUGAUUUUAGAAAUUAUAAACUUAAAACAAAGUCAAUUAUAAAAAAGCCAUGUAAAGAGAUUACUCUGAAUCUCAGGACUUUCCCCCCAUCCCCUCCAUGGGUCCUAAUAUCAAUAUUUACAACUGCAUAUCAGUCCGUUAUCCACAUUUUUUAUCCAUCUAAAUUGUCCAUAGUUUCUGUUACUUUACAAGUGUGGUUAAAAUCACGUAAACAGCCUUGAUUCCCCUCCCCACGCAAAGAAUUCUGGGAACUGUAGUUUGUUCCGGAUGCUGAGAGUGCAGGAGGUUCUCAUAUUCUUACACGGCUAGAAAUGGAACACUGGACAUUGCUACAAUAGUCCCACCCAUCCAUCAGACUUAGACCUUAUCUCUGGUCUGAUCCCGUUCCUCACCGCUUCUGUCGUUCUGUGAAAUAGUGUCUGGACUACGGUUACCAGAUGUCCCCAUUUUCUGGGGCAGUCCCCGGAUUUGUGAAUAAGUCCCCGGACAAAUUCCAUCCGCGGAAUGUCCCCAGAUUUCAUCUAAUGUCCCCGGGAAACGCAGCAGCGGCAGUUUCAGCAGCCCGGGCCAGUCGGCUCUGGCUGGCUUCAGGAGCUGCUCGGAAGUCCCCAUAUGAUGGUGAUGCAGGAGCUCUAAGAUGCAGCUUCCGGGCUGCCUCCACCUUCCCUGAGCCCAGCAACUCAGCUGCGAAGGGUAUCGGAGCAGCCUCCCAUCUCCUUGUUGUUGUCGUUUAGUCGUGUCCGACUCUUCGUGACCCCAUGGAGCAGAGCACGCCAGGCACUCCUGUCUUCCACUGCCUCCCGCAGUUUGGUCAAACUCAUGCUGGUAGCUUUGAGAACACUGUCCAACCAUCUCAUCCUCUGUUGUCCCCUUCUCCUUGUGCCCUCCAUCUUUCCCAACAUCAGGGUCUUUUCCAGGGAGUCUUCUUUUCUCAUGAGGUGGCCAAAAAAUUGGAGCCUCAGCUUCAGGAUCUGUCCUUCCAGUGAGCACUCAGGGCUGAUUUCCUUCAGAAUGGAGAGGUUUGAUCCUCUUGCAGUCCAUGGGACUCUCAAGAGUCUCCUCCAUCACCAGAAUUCAAAAGCAUCAAUUUCCCAACUCCUACUUGCGUGCAAGCAGGAGCGGGGCGGGGAUCUCUCAGCUGUGAAGGGAGGCUUCACACUGCCUAUCGGAGCUUGCGUGCAAGCAGGAGGGGGCAGGGAUCUCUCAGUCAGGCAACAGGAAGCCUCCCUUCCCAGCUGAGGGAUCCCUGCUCCCUCCUGCUAGCACGCAAGUAGGAAUGGGAUUGGGGCUGCUCCGAUGGGAUGGGAGGCAUCGUCCUGCCUGAGCCUCGCUGCUGCUGCUGCUCUUGGCCCUCCUCCGCCUUGUAUGCCAGACCCACUGCGCACUGCUUCCCCACCACCACCGAAGAACGUACAACUUAGGGGCUGCCCAGGCUCAUGGAGAAAGGAGAUAGAAGCCUCAGAGGAAGGGGAAACAUGGAGGUUGAGGUCAAGGCGGCGGACGCCCCUCUGCCAGCCCACCGCCAUCGCUGCAGUAGCAACAUCCCAAACGUGUAGUAUGUAUGUAUGUAUAUAUGUGUAGGGUCCCCAGAUUCAUUGAAAAAAAUCUGGUAACCUUAGUCUGGACCGCUUUGUUUCUUGACUAAAACGUUAACGGGUAUUUCAGGUGCCAGGGGCCUUCCAAGAGGCUGCUGUGACCUUCGCUGGAAAUGUGGAGGCAUCGCCGGAAACAACGCAGAAGCAGCUUGGUGGGGAGUUCAAGCGGGAAAAUGAGGGGGUCUCCAGCGUGCUGGGUAAGGGCUCACCCCCCGCCGUGAAUUGUCGUUUCUUGUAGGUAUAAUGCCCUGAUGCAGGGAAUCACCAACAUGGGGUGCUCAGCCCCUUCUGUGACACCCAUGAAAGGUCUCAGUAGAGAAACCCCUCAAAAAUCCACAGUCCACAACAGACUUGUUUCUUCUUCCUGCUCAGUUCUUGUUUGCAUUGACUUAGCCAUUCCUACAUUGAAAUGCCCCCGAAACUGGCUUUAGGGAAGUUUUUAAUGUUUGAUGUUUUAUCGUGUUUUUAAUAUUCUGUUGGGACGCGGGUGGCGCUGUGGGUUAAACCACAGAGCCUAGGACUUGCCGAUCAGAAGGUCGGCAGUUCAAAUCCCCGCGACGGGGUGAGCUCCUGUUGCUCAGUCCCUGCUCCUGCCCACCUAGCAGUUCGAAAGCACAUCAAAGUGCAAGUAGAUAAAUAGGUACCACUCCGGCGGGAAGGUAAACAGCAUUUCCGUGCGCUGCUCUGGUUCCCUAGAAGCGGCUUAGUCAUGCUGGCCACAUGACCCAGAAGCUGUACGCCGGCUCCCUCGGCCAAUAAAGUGAGAUGAGCAUCACAACCCCAGAGUCGGUUAUGACUGGACCUAAUGGUCAGGGGUCCCUUUACCUUUUUAAUAUUCUGUUGGGAGCCACCCAGAGUGGCUGGGGAGGCCUGGCCAGAUGGGCGGGGUAUAAGUAAUGAAAAAUUACUAUUACUAUUACUAUUACAGUGGUACCUCGGGUUAAGAACUUAACUCGUUCUGGAGGUCCGUUCUUAACCUGAAACUGUUCUUAACCUGAGGUACCACUUUAGCUAAUGGGGUCUCCUGCUGUCGCUGCGCUGCCGCCACGCGAUUUCUGUUCUCAUCCUGAAGCAAAGUUCUUAACCCAAGGUACUAUUUCUGGGUUAGCGGAGUCUGUAACCUGAAGCGUUAGUAACCUGAUGCAUCUGUAACCUGAAGCGUCUGUAAUCCGAGGUACUACUGUACUACUACUACUACUACUACUACUACUGCUGCUGCUGCUACUACUUCUAUUACUAUUAUUUCAUUGGUGGUCAGGAUUAGACACGCUCCUUCCCUUCUGCCCUGAACCGAGGAAAGCAUUUCUCUUUGUGUAUAUGCUGAGACAUGUCCUUAUUCCUGGGAUUUUUUUAAAAAAAUAGAAAACUCUGGCACUUUGAGAGUUAAACAGAAAAAAGACUUAUUUCCCAGAAAUGUUUCAGGAGUUGGAAAUCUACAAAGAACUAGCAAACUGUAUACAUUGAACUCUGCAGGUGUCGCAGGCUUUUCAAUAAGAUGGCGAAUGCUCAGCUGAAAUUUACGACUUUCCAAAAUAUUUAGUAGAAAAGCUGCCUUGUCUCUUUGACAAAAGCAGAAUCAACUGCUAAAAAAUUAUAGAAUCACUGGGUUGGAGAUAGCUUUUUGGCUCCACGAAGCUGAUUGGCCUUGAAGAUGAAAUUUAACAGGUGGGCGGGGAAACCCCCUGUCAAUCACCUGAUGUCGCAAUAACAUCAGGUGGAAGGUGCCGCUAAAACAAAGUGUUUUCCCUCCCUCCUUCAUUUUAAGCGGGGCGUUCUGAUGCAAACACCAUCCUGUUUCACAUCUGGUCUAACCCCACCCCCCAGUCUGGGUGAAAGAACAUGAUUUGCAAAUGAGAGGUUCUUUCUGCAGCUUAACUUGUUGCAUCCCUAACUCAUGGGAUCAUAGAAUUGUAGCAUUGGAAAGGAUUUUGAGGGUCAUCUGGCCCAAACACCCGCAAUGCAGGAAUCUCAGCUAAAGCAUCCAUGACAGAUGGCCUUCUAAAAACCUCCAAUGAAGCAGGUUUUAUUUAUUUAUUUAUUUAUUUAUUUAUUUAUACAUACAUACAUACAUACCCCGCCCAUCUGGCUGGGUUUCUCCAGCCACUCUGGGUGGCUUCCAACAGAAUAUUAAAAUACAAUAGUCUAUUAUAAAAGCUUCCCUAAACAGGGCUGCCUUCAGAUGUCUUCUAAAAGUCUGGUAGUUGUUGUUCUCUUUGACAUCUGGUGGGAGGGCAUUCCACAGGUUGGGUGCCACUACCGAGAAGGCCCUCUGCCUGGUUCCCUGUAACUUAGCUUCUCGCAGGGAGGGAACCGCCAGAAGGCCCUCGGCGUUGGACCUCAGUAUCCGGGCAGAACAAUGGGGGUGGAGACGCUCCUUCAGGUAUACUGGGCUGAGGCCGUUUAGGACUUUAAAGGUCAGCACCAACACUUUGAAUUGUGCUCGGAAACAUACUGGGAGCCAGGGUUAGUUGCUCCAGCUCAUUCCUAAAAAUCUCCUUUUGUUAUUUCAGCAGGUGGCAGGGACCAGUGUGCUACUGGUGGAGAACUAUUCUGGGUCCCACAAGGUAGACCGAUGGGUCAGGAGCUGGAGGAAAAAGGUGGAAGCCAAGGAAAGUCAGAUAAGCUUCGGAGCCAUGAGAUGUGGAGAGACAAAUAUCUCCCUUGCCUGGACGACGGCGACGCCUGCGAAAUGUCAGCCCAGCAGGGCGCUCUCAAAAGGAAGAAGCGCGUCAGAAGCGCAGUGAGCGAGAAGCUUCUCCGAGACGAAUCAAACCUCCGUGGAAUCCACACGGGGGAGAAACCGCACGACUGCUCGGUCUGCGGGAAGAUAUUCCGCAGGCGCUCGGACCUCAACAGCCACCAGCGAACCCACACGGGAGAGAAGCCUUACGUUUGCCUGAACUGCGGGAAGAGGUUCAACCGGAGCACGAACCUUAUUUCACACAAGAGAAUCCACACAGGGGAGAAGCCCUAUAAAUGCUCGGACUGCGGGAAAAACUUCUGCCACAAAUCCGGCCUGAUCAGGCACCGGAGGACCCACACGGGAGAGAAGCCGUACGCCUGUUCCGAGUGCGGGAAGAGCUUUAGCCAGAGGCAACAUCUGAUAACCCACCAGCGGAACCACACGGGAGAAAAACCGUUCACGUGCUCCGAGUGCGGGAAGAGCUUCAACCAGAGCCAGCACCUUACCACGCACCAGAGAAACCACACUGGGGAGAAGCCCUUUGAAUGCUCCCAGUGCGGCAAACGCUUUUGCGACAAGUCCACCCUUUUUAGACACCAGAGAAGCCACAUUGGGAAGAAACCUUUCAAAUGCUCCAAAUGCGAAGAGAGCUUCUACCGGAGCAAGCAUCUUAUCAGACAUCAGAGAAUCCAUCUUGAACCUUCGACGGUCUAA